ACUAGUAAAUCAAUUAAAAGUCAAAAAGAUUCCAUUUUUCAGCAGUUCAUUUAAAAUAAAAGCAUCCUUGGAGAGAGAACAUGAAAAAAGCAGCUGGUUGCUGAUGAUAUUUUGUCCCUUCCAGCUUCUAGUUGUCAAAACAAGUUAGAUUUUGUCGAGCUUCUUUGAAAUCACUUGCUGGGGUUUUGAUAUUUCAUAUUGUGGUGGAAGUUGAAAGUUUCAGUUUUUGGGAUUUCAUUUCUCACGUCAGUGGAUGGAUGCUGUUCAGUUUGGCUUAUCAAAGUUCGAGACUUUAUCACCCCCAAGAAGUUGGUGACCGUUUCUUGUAAGUUUGGGAACUGGGUUUUCAAGUAUAUACAGUAACUGUUAUUAUUCUCAAGGGUAAGAUCAGACUGAGAUUGUGUGAAAUUCAUGCUUGACCGUGGUGAAAUGGAAUUGAGUUCUUGGCUUUAGAAUCAUAGAAUCGAGAUUUAGAGUAUGCUAAAGGAAGUGUCUUUUAUUUGAGACUUGCUUAUUACUGGGGAUUUUUGUGCAUGACCAUUUUGAAAGGAAAGUAAUUUCUGGGUUUCAAAAUUAAAGAAUCAAGGUUUCAGUUAGAAGCAAGGGAUUAAAAAUUUUGAGAUUGAUUGAUAAGUCUGCGAGAUACCGUGUGUGAUCACCAUGAAGAAACAAAGCAGCUUCAAUGGAAGAAUUAUGGAAAGGCAGCGGAGUUUCAGCGGAAUAACUGACAAAAAGAAAGUGUUUGAAAAGCAAGUGAGCUUUCACGGAAUACCAGAUAAACAGAAAGUGAUGGAAAAACACCCCAGUUUUCUAGGUGUAGCAGAAAAUGGGUCAGCUUCUCAUAGAGUGAUGGAAAAACUCCCCAGUUUUCAAGGUGUAGCAGAAAAUGGGUCAGCUUCUCAUAGAGUGAUGGAAAAACUCCCCAGUUUUCAAGGUGUAGCAGAAAAUGGGUCAGCUUCUCAUAGAGUGAUUGAAAAACACCCCAGUUUUCGUGGAGUGGAGAAGGGUUUUCGUGGAUUUCUGGAUAAACAGAAGAGUUUUCGUGUAGUGAUGGAGAGACAACUUAGUUUUAUUGGUGGUGGUGAGAGGAAAAAGACUAAAGAUUCACCUGGAAAGCGAGGUGACUCACAGAUUCAUUUGGCAGCACGUACUGGGAAUUUGAGUAGAGUGAGAGAGAUCCUUCAGAAUUCUGAUGGCAUUGAUUUGAAGGUUCUGUUGGCAAUGCAGAAUCAUGAAGGAGAAACUCCUCUUUAUGCAGCUGCAGAGAAUGGGCAUGCUGAGGUUGUUGCUGAAAUGCUCGAAUCCAUGGACCUGGAGACUGCAUCUAUUGCAGCUAGGAAUGGGUAUGAUCCAUUCCAUGUGGCUGCAAAGCAGGGUCAUCUUGAUGUCUUGAGGAAGCUUUUGGGUGUGUUCCCCAACUUGGCCAUGACAACUGAUUCAUCAUGUACAACUGCUCUACACACUGCUGCAACUCAAGGGCACAUUGAUGUGGUCAAUCUUCUUUUAGAAACAGAUGCAAAUCUUGUUAAGAUUGCACGGAAUAAUGGUAAGACUGUCCUCCAUUCAGCUGCAAGGAUGGGGCACUUGGAAGUUGUGAGGUCCCUCCUAAUCAAGGAUUCAAGCACUGGUUUUAGGACUGAUAAAAAAGGACAAACUGCAUUGCACAUGGCUGUGAAAGGGCAAAAUGAGGAAAUUGUGCUGGAAUUGCUAAAACCUGACCCCUCUGUUAUGCAUGUGGAAGACAAUAAGGGAAACACAGCAUUGCAUGUUGCAAUAAAGAAAGGGCGUGCUCAGAACGUACGUUGUCUGUUAUCAGUCGAGGGUGUUAACAUCAAUGCUAUUAACAAAGCUGGAGAGACCCCACUAGACAUUGCAGAAAAACUUGGGGUUCAAGACCUUGUAUACAUGUUGAAGGAAGCAGGGGCUAACAAUUCCAAAGACUGUGGAAAGCCCCCUAGUUCAGCAAAGCAACUAAAGCAGACUGUCAGUGCCAUAAAACAUGAUGUCCAGUCCCAGCUCCAACAGACCCGUCAAACUGGCUUCAAGGUGCAGAAAAUUGCCAAGAAGCUGAAGAAGCUACACAUUAGUGGCCUCAACAAUGCUAUAAAUAAUGCAACUAUUGUUGCGGUUCUCAUUGCUACAGUUGCUUUUGCAGCCAUUUUCACUGUGCCUGGCCAGUAUGUUGAGAAGAAAACUGAUGGGGCAGCAAUUGGGCAAGCCCAUGUAGCAAAAAAUCCUGCUUUCUUAGUCUUCAUCAUAUUUGACAGCCUGGCAUUAUUCAUCUCUCUGGCUGUCGUUGUAGUCCAAACGUCUGUUGUUGUGAUUGAACAAAAGGGAAAGAAGCAGCUUGUGUUUAUUAUUAACAAACUCAUGUGGCUCGCUUGCCUCUUCAUUUCAGCGGCCUUUAUUUCUCUUACUUAUGUGGUGGUGGGUAAGAAAUUCAGGUGGCUUGCUAUCUAUGCAACAGUCCUUGGUGGCAUAAUCAUGCUCGCUACAAUUGGCUCCAUGUGCUAUUUUGUCAUUUUACAUAGGAUGGAGGAGUCAACUUUAAGGAAUAUAAGGAGAGAAAGUCGGUCCCGUUCUUAUUCUAUGUCUGCGGCAUCAGAUCAAGAGAUUUUGAACAGUGAAUGUAAGAGGAUGUAUGCACUCUAAAGACAUUAGAAUAUGGAGAGCUGAAACCAGGACUCUAUGACUAUUAUCUCACUCUAUAUAUGAAAUUGCUACGCUCACUCUCUGGUGGUUAUAGAAUUUGAUGUCAGAAGUGGAGCUAAGGUGUUGAUUUACUAAAUAAUGCUUUGAGAUGAACAUGACACUCAGCAAUCGAGAGGAAGCCACUCAUCUUCUCAUUCUGGCUGUACAUGGACCUCUGAGAAAGCUUCCUCAACACGAUUUUGGUUUCCUUGUGCAGGUUUCUUUGUGGUUUCCUAUUGGAUGAGCUCAGAUCUGGUGUGAAUCUGAGUUUGAUGGUUUCUUACAGAUUCGAUUGAAGCUCAAAGCAGGUAUGAAGAUGCCAAUGACUGAUGCUGUACAAGGGUCUGCUUGAAUUUUAUGCGUAGUAUGUAGAAAAUGUAGUAAUAACAGGAUCCAUCUAAUUAAUGGAGAAAAGCUUUACAUCCC